AUGACCACGAUAGACGCUCCCUGGCGUAUCAAAACACGCCCAUGCCCUUUUUACCAGCAAGGCCGUUGUGUCUUCGACCAAUCCUGCAACUUUAUUCAUGACCCCUCCGUGCAGCCUUCCAACAACCUGCCAGAGCUGCUCGAUGUUCUCCGCGAUGUAUUGGAGCCUCAGGAAGACACUAUAUCCAUGGCGCAAGAACAUGGAGUAUCGCCACACAUUUCAGGCGAAGGUUGGACCCUUGUCAACGACGAUGCCAAGGACACCAAUCCAGGCCUUCUUUCGCCAGUCUCACUUGACCUCAACCUCGCACGUAUCUCGACCAUAAAGAAUCCCACCAACCACGACUCCUUUGACUCUGGAUAUGGUUCCGACCUUUCCUUCGUUUCCCCCCAACCACUCCCAUCGACAUUGAACCUCAUAUCAUCGCCGUUUGGCUCACCAACCUCGAGGAUGAGCGCCAGUGUAUCUGGUAUUGGGCUGGGGGCUAGCCGCCUCUUUUCCCAUUCGCCGUUUAGUCCUGGACUUGCUUCACCAUAUAGCGGUGUCUCGAGAAAUGACACUCCAGAUCUUGAUUCUCCUUCCACAGUUCGGCGGUCUGCAUCAACCAUAACGCCUGACGACGAGGUUGAAGAAGACGAGGAUUCCGAUGGACAGUAUGCAACUGCUCAAUGGGACAUAUCCAAUAGCUUCUCUUCAAACGAGCCUCCCAGUCGCUUCUCGUCAUCUACAAUUGAUGACACCCCUGACGAACUGCUCCAGCCUGGUAGUCGGUUCUCUUCAACCACAUUGGCUUGUUCCGAGGAUGGAUCUGAUUCAGACUCCGAUGACCCUCCAGAAGACGCAACUGCCCAGCUUGCCUACCUCGUUCCGGGGGAGAACGAUACCAUAAACACACUUUAUGAUGUCUAUAUGUCGCCCCGAGAAACCCUCAUGGCUCUAUCGGACUCAGAGCAACAGGACGAAGAACGUGGCCGCACUCUUCGAGCCCGUGUCUUUACUCCUCCACCACGUGAGCCUAGGCCUAAAUCAUUCAAUCCGCAGCAUGAAGCGUCUUCAUCGACGCCUUCAGACCGCUCGCAGUCUCGUCGGGGCCAUAGUCGGACUAGGAGCGGGUUUCCCACAACAGGCCCUCGAUCAGUAUUUUCUGUUUCGCCAGACACGCCUCCACGGCCGCUCUCGUCGAUGUCUAUCCGAAACAAAAUUCCGUUCAGUUUCAGGUCUGCGCCACCGCCCGAGAUGGAAAUGACAACUGCCUCACCCGAGUCCAUCGGUUCAUCACAACCAUUACCAUUGGCGCAGGGAAAAGUGCCUUUCGGGUUCCGGAGUCAAAGUCGGAAUUCGUAUCGGGACUCGACUUUUCAACCUGUUCCCGCCUCGGCUUCGGCAACCCGAACCACCUUUGCAAACGAAUCCCCCAAGCCCUAUGUUCGCAAGCGGAGAAUAUCCAGGAGUGUUGCUCCGCCUGCAUCAGCGCCAAUGCGCGAUUCCUCUGCAUCUUCGUUCUUCGGGGAAGAACCUCAGACUGUUAUGGUUAAAGGACUCAAGUCCCUUCGUUUACUUUUAUUAGUCGACGGUGUUGACCGCCCCGCCAUCUUCAUUCUCAUUUCCAGAUUCCCCUCAAAGGAAAGCAACUCACUCUGCAUCUCAGUCUAUUUCUAUGCAAUCAUCUCGCUCUGCACCCGUAAGGGCUCACACAACAUCUUCAUCUAUUUCUGCACGAUCUGCAUCUUCUGUGAGCCACAGAAUACCCCUCAUGCUUUCGUUGCUACUGUCGAUACUUUCCCCUCUAACGACCACCAUAAAACGACCCUUCCACGACCGCAAUCACGAAUAAUAGAGCCUCCUCUGCGAUCCGCGCCACUCCAAUGGCAGCAUACUGCAGACCAGGAAGAAGAGGAUGAUACAGCGGACAAUACGAUUCGACGAAGAGUCGCCCCCAUCCAGAUCCCGCAAACGCGUCCAACUUCACCGUCGCGGGCAGCCUCGGCAUUAGGGUUUACCCAUCCGACAACAAGUACACCUCUGCCGACUCGGUUGUUGUUUGCAAUUGCAUCAGAUGACCCAGAGGCGGUCAGGCAUGUUCUGGAGUCGGGAGAGGUUGGCGCGGAAGAGAUGGAGGCUGUUGGGCCUGAGGGAAAGAGCGCUGUCAAGUUUGCGUUGGAGAACACGCAGCUGGGCAGGCGAAUGGAAAUUGCCAAGGUCUUGGCGUCCUUUGGAGCCAAAGUGGACGAGGAAGAGCUUGAGAUAGCUGGUCCCGCAAUCAGGUACUUCAUCAAACGGGCUGGCGAGGAACACGCCAAACGGUCAUCAGCACUGAUCCAUCGCUCAUUUUUCCGGCCAUUAGCGCGGGUUCGCUACGAGCUCGUCGGGCAGGAUCGGGCACUGGAGCAACUCUUCAGAGUGCUUAGUAUGCAUUCCCAGAAACUCGCUGUUUCACCCGUUGUCGUCCUGCUUUGUGGACCUAGUGGUCAUGGAAAGAGUCUCCUUGCUCGGCGAUUUGGCGCACUGUUGGAUGUUCCAACUCACACGGUGAACAUGACGACGCUCCGGAACGCACAUGAUCUGUGGACGGCAUUAUCGAUGGGUCCUGACGAGGAACCCAGCUCGUGUACAUUAGCGGAAUUCCUCAUCAACAACGAGGGAAAGCGAUGUGUGGUCAUUCUCGACGAAAUCGAAAAGGUGGAGGAGAAGACGCUGUGGUCAUUGUUAAUGCCAUGGGAGUCAGGCCGCUGCUCGUUUGAGGCUAACAGUCGGCAUGUUGACACACGGAAUGUGCUGUGGCUAGGCACUUCAAACGUGGGUCAAGCUGUGAUUGCGGAGCACCAUGCCAAACGCGCAAGACCUGAUGAGCUCAUGUCGCGAGAAGAGUAUGUCCAACUUAUGAAGCUUGUUCGGGAACCAGUGUCGCGACAUAUGGGGACGUCUAUUCUAUCCCGAGUAACAACCGUCCUCCCAUUCGUCCCAUUCACCAUUGCGGAACAAUCGGCGAUCUGUGCGGAAGCUUUCUAUUCAUUGGGUGGGGAGAUGGUGUCACAGAUGCCUGCUGCCGAGUUGGAUGGUCUUAUUCGUGGUGCAUUGGGAGGAGCAAUGGCCAUCCACAAUCACGCUCGUAUGAUGCGCGUUCGCCGCGCUACCGCCUCUACUACGAGCUCUGGCACUGCUGUCGUGGAUUCUGCCGCGCCCGCCUCAACUAUGUCGGUCGUCAACUUCCAAACUCCUGCGGUCACCAAGACUUUGGAAGUUGUCGUUGCUAUCCUUGCCGCUGUAAUCCUUCUCGGCGUUGGGUUCUGCUUUUUCCGGCACUGGAAACGGCGACACUCGAAGAAAGAAAGUGCUCUUCCCCAAGUCAUCGACUUCACGUCUGAAAAGGCGCGGCCGUAUGAUGUGGAGCAGAAGCUCGACUUGCAUGCCUCUGCCUAUAUUCUGGAGAAGCCCAGCUCGGUUUACAUGCCUGGCGCCUCGGCAGCCGACAUGAAUCCGAACUGGGUUCCGCAAAUACCUCAGAACAACGGCAAGCUUGCACCAGCGAGCUCCAAGAAGUCCAAAGGGUCGAAGAAAUCGCUGCGGUCAUCUCGUGGGUGGGAUAAGACCUUCUCCAAAUUUGCACCCAGCGAAAGAUCCCCUCCCCCGUCAUAUAUGUCUGACAACAAGGCUGCCAUGUUGGCGUCGCAAGUCCCAUUGCCGCCCUCACCGCCCCACCAAUCUCACAUCCCACCCACACCCCCAACACCCCCUGCGAAGAAGACCAAACUCAGCCCAAUUUCUCCAACCGCUAUGCUUGAGCCUGCGCUCCCACCGCUUCCUGUCGUCAGCCCCACCCGCUCUGAAUCAUUUGCGGCACACCAGUCCAUGGCCUUUGCCCAGAUGGCCGUUUCUGACGCUGACACCUCCAAGCUGAUGAACGUUGUCAAUCCGUUUACCCCCACAAUGGACGACGAGCUCCCCAUCCAGGUUGGCGAAACUGUCCGAGUGUUGGAGGAAUUCCAGGAUGGCUGGGCCCUUGUUCAGCGACUAGGACGAAUGGAUGCGCCAAAGGGCGUUGUUCCGGUUACCUGCUUGCGUGAGCGCCCAGUCUUUUCGCCUAAUCGCAGGCUAUAA